GCAAAGCGUGUUUCAUCGCAUCACGAGAAGCAUUGCAAAUAGUCACGAGCGCUAUGAAACUGCGAAUCAUGUGACUUUGCGUGUCACGUGACCGUGUUUGUAGCGUCAUCAUGGCGGUGUGUAUAGCAGUCAUUGCGAAGGAGAACUAUCCCCUGUACAUUCGGAGCGUUCCUACACAGGGGGAACUCAAGUUCCACUACACAGUGCACACUUCUCUGGACGUGGUGGAGGAGAAGAUCUCGGGUGUGGGCAAAGCCUUGGCCGACCAGAGGGAGCUUUAUCUGGGACUCCUCUAUCCAACGGAGGACUACAAAGUAUAUGGCUACGUGACAAACUCUAAGGUGAAGUUUGUGAUUGUUGUCGACUCCUCCAACACGUCUCUACGAGACAACGAAAUUAGAAGUAUGUUCAGAAAGUUGCACAACUCCUUCACUGAUGUUAUGUGUAACCCAUUCUACAAUCCUGGUGAUCCAAUUCAAUCAAAGGCUUUUGACACUAUAGUCUCAACUAUGAUGGUGCAGGCCUUCUGAUGUCCUCUCCACAAUUGUAUAUAUUAACAUGAAUGUUUAUUUUGUAGUGUUUGGAAGGUGAAAAAUAUUUAAUUUUUGUUUCGUGAAAUGAUGUGUGAUAAUGUUGAUUUUUAUUUGCAUUGAUUUGACUUAAAUUUAAGCACUGAAAUUCCAAAACAGACAAAGUACUGAAAUUCACAAGACAUCUCGGCCUCUUACAGGCAUAGUAUUUGAAAGAAAUAGAAUAAAAUAUAAAUAAAAUAGCAACCAAUCAAUACAAA